UUAUGCUAAUUGGCGGACAACUCGAAGCUGAACGCUCACUUGAUUAACAACCCAGAUUGCAUCUUCAAUUCUUCAUAUCUCAUUUCGAUUUGUUGCAUUCUCUCGAUUUCUUCACCACCUAUGGACAUCUCCUUGCCGCUGGAUCAAAUCCAGAGCACUUACAAAUUCGCAUGCUCUCUGAUAAACCCCACUGGUUUCAAACAAAAAUUCAGAUUUUCAGACGAAUUUUCACUCGGUGGGAGACGGUGCAGACCCCCCAUUGCCAAGUUUAGGUGUUCUUUGUUAGAUCAGGGAUUAAGGCCUCGCCCGACGCCGAAACCUCGUCGAAAGGAGGAACGGAAUCUGAACAAAACUGGAUUUUUGGAGGAGAGGAAAUUGGAGAAAUCCAAUUCGACUUUAGGGGUCUGUGGCCAGAUUGAGAAAUUGGUUUUGUGCAAAAGGUAUAAUGAGGCUCUAGAAAUGUUUGAGAUUGUGGAAUGUGAUGGCGACGUUGAUGUUAGCUUUGAUACUUACGACGCGCUGGUGGGUGCUUGCAUUGCAUUGAGAUCGAUUCGAGGAGUGAAGAGGGUAUUCAAUCAUAUGCGGAACUGCGAGGUGGAUUUGGAUUUGUAUAUGAUGAAUAGGGUGCUGCUCAUGCAUGUGAAAUGUGGGAUGAUGAUUGAUGCGCGCCAACUGUUUGAGGAUAUGCCGGACAGAAAUUCAGUUUCUUGGAAUACCAUAAUAGGGGGCCUUGUGGACUCGGGUGAUUUUUUUGAUGCUUUCAGGUUGUUUUUGACUAUGUGUGAGGACAUUUCAGAUCUUUGUUCUAGGACAUUGUCCACGAUGGUUCGAGCAUCAGCUGGCUUGGAACUCAUAUCUCCGGGUCAGCAGCUGCAUUCUUGUGCUCUGAAGAUGGGGAUGACUGGAGAUGUCUUUGUGUCGUGUGCCUUGAUUGAUAUGUAUAGCAAAUGUGGUAGCAUUGAGGAUGCGAGGUUGGUUUUUGAAUUGAUGCCGGAGAAAACUACUGUAGCAUGGAACACUAUCAUUGCUGGCUAUGCACUCCAUGGGUAUAGUGAAGAAGCACUGGGCAUGUAUUAUGAUAUGCAGGAUUCUGGCGUCAAGAUGGACCAUUUCACCUAUUCAAUGAUUAUACGAGUUUGUACUAGGUUGGCCUCGUUGCAGCAUGCGAAGCAAGCCCAUGCUGGCCUGAUUCGAAAUGGUUUUGGAUCUGAUGUGGUAGCUAAUACUGCACUUGUUGAUUUCUAUAGCAAAUGGGGUAGGUUGGAAGAUGCUCGGAAUGUUUUUGAUAGGAUGCCCCGUAAGAAUGUUGUGUCGUGGAAUGCCUUGAUAUCUGGAUAUGGUAAUCAUGGCCGUGGAGCUGAGGCAGUUGAUUUGUUUGAGCGGAUGGUUGACCAAGGAAUGGUCCCCAAUCAUAUCACUUUUUUGGCUGUUCUGUCUGCCUGUUGUCAUUCAGGAUUGUCUGAUUGUGGAUGGGAAAUAUUUGAAUCUAUGAGUAGGGAUUAUAAGGUGAAGCCUCGUGCAAUGCACUAUGCAUGUAUGGUUGAGCUAUUAGGCCGAGAAGGGCUCCUGGAUGAAGCUUUUGCUCUGAUUAGAGAUGCUACAUUUAAGCCCACGAUCAAUAUGUGGGCUGCAUUGCUCACAGCUUGCAGGGUCCAUAAAAAUUUUGAACUUGGAAAAUAUGCAGCUGAGCAACUUUACGGAAUGGGACCUGAGAAACUAUCUAAUUAUGUCGUGCUAUUGAAUAUCUAUAGCAGUUCAGGGAAAUUAGAUGAAGCAGCUGCAGUCCUCCGGACCUUGAGGAGAAAAGGUCUAAGAAUGGUACCUGUUUGUACUUGGAUCGAGAUAAAGAAGCAGCAGUAUGUUUUCUCCACUGGAGAUAAGUCUCAUCCUCAGACAAAGGAGAUAUAUGAUAAUUUGGAUAAUAUGAAGCUGCAACUCUCGAAACAUGGAUAUGUACCUCACGGAAAUAAUUUGCUUCCUGACGUAGAUAAACGUGAAGAAUCCAUGCUACUUCAUCACAGUGAGAAAUUGGCUAUUUCAUUUGGGCUUAUUAGCACUCCCAGCUCAACUCCUCUGCAACUUGUCCAGAGUCAUAGGAUAUGUAACGACUGCCACAAUGCAAUCAAAUUGAUCUCCACUGUCUACAAACGAGAAAUAGCCUUCAGAGAUGGUAGUAGAUUUCAUCAUUUUAAAGAAGGCCAUUGUUCUUGUGGUGAUUACUGGUAAUAAUUGUAGUUUUAUAUCAGAACAUAGGAAUAAUUUUUUAUUCAACAAUGUAGGCCUUACCUAGCAUUCUUUCUUCCAAAGAAUGUCAGCCAUCUCUUGAGUUACUUUUCAUAUUGCUAUAGAAACUGAAAUUAUAUUGUCUGUAAGCUUCAGGAAAACUAUAUUUUGCUUUGAGUUGCAUGAUUCCUUUCUCUGAGAC